UCCAGUCGCUUUGUCCUCGAAAUCCACCUCGAUAACACCCUUUCCCCCCUCAAUAUGACUGUUGCCGAGACAGUGAAGAGCGCCAUUGGGCUUGGAGGCAGUACUCCUGCUACGAGCCAGGAAAUGUCCGAUGCUCGUCUUCCCCUUCAGUACCGUGACUCUUGCGCUCACUUGUUGAUCCCCUUGAAUCGCUGCCGGCAGCAGGAGUACUACCUCCCUUGGAAGUGUGAGGACGAGAGACACAGCUACGAAAAGUGCCAGUACGAGGAAUUCAAGAAGCGCGUCGCCAAAAUGGAAGAGCUCCGCGCCGCAAAGGAUGGUGCCCGCAGCAAUUGAUACCAAAGCUAUCGACAUCCUAAUUUUCGCGACCAACGAGCAGCAUGUUAUGUACAUAGAAAUUGUGAAAUUGUUUGUCCAUGCACCGACUUUGGCGUUGGGAUUCCUUCGGGUCAACUUUGUCCGCACCAUUCUUGGAAAGCCAGGGCCAAAAUCCUAUAAACGGCUUCAGUAGUUGGUCAUCUCCCUGAACUGUGUUCCGGGACAAUGGCGCAGCUUGGCGUGAUGCUACCCUCAAGCAACCCAUAGCAUGAGUAAGACAAGCAGUUAUGCCUGGUCGAUAAGCCAUGCUGGGCAUGUUAGUCUGCAAAGCUCAAUCGGCCUGAGUCCAUAUCAAUGUGUUAAUGUACGGUUGCCUUGUUUCGUAUUGCGCAACAUUCUAUCCUAGUCGCAAACAAGCUAGGAUGACCACAUCGGAGAUUAAUGGGCAGUCAUCAGGUACGGAAUGUCCAUG